GCCGGGCUCCAGCGCUGCAGCCGCUACUCGGGAGCUGUGCAUUGUUGUGAGCCGGAGAAGGGGCGCGGGGAUUACAAAGCCUGAAGACCCCAGUGCCCCCUUUCGCCAUGUGGAUACCUACGGAGCACGAGAAAUACGGCGUGGUUAUUGCCAGUUUUCGAGGAACCGUCCCGUAUGGCCUGUCACUGGAAAUUGGAGAUACAGUUCAGAUCCUGGAGAAGUGUGAUGGUGAGUGGCCUGGGGGGUUGCUUGAGGGUAUAUUUCCUUCCAGCUACGUUCACUUGAAAAAUGCCUGUGUAAAGAACAAAGGACAAUUUGAAAUGGUUAUUCCCACCGAAGACUCCGUUAUCACAGAAAUGACAUCAACAUUAAGAGACUGGGGAACGAUGUGGAAACAACUCUAUGUGAGAAACGAAGGCGAUCUCUUCCACCGGCUGUGGCACAUCAUGAAUGAGAUCCUGGACCUGCGGCGGCAGGUGCUGGUGGGCCAUCUCACCCACGACCGGAUGAAGGACGUGAAGCGCCACAUCACUGCCAGGCUCGACUGGGGCAACGAACAACUGGGGCUGGACCUGGUUCCUAGGAAAGAGUAUGCAAUGGUGGAUCCGGAGGACAUCAGCAUCACUGAGCUCUACCGACUGAUGGAACAUCGCCAUCGAAAGAAAGACACCCCAGUCCAGGCCAGCUGUCACCACCUCUUUGUCCAGAUGAAGAGCCUCAUGUGUUCCAACCUGGGUGAGGAGCUGGAGGUCAUCUUCUCGCUCUUUGACAGUAAAGAGAAUCGACCCAUCAGCGAGAGAUUUUUCUUGAGGCUGAAUAGAAAUGGGCUUCCUAAAGCCCCAGAUAAACCAGAACGUCAUUGUUCUCUCUUCGUGGAUUUGGGUAGCAGCGAGCUAAGAAAGGACAUCUAUAUCACUGUGCACAUUAUCCGAAUCGGUCGAAUGGGAGCAGGAGAAAAAAAGAACGCCUGCAGUGUUCAGUACCGGCGACCCUUUGGCUGUGCGGUCCUUAGCAUCGCUGACCUGCUAGCGGGAGAGACAAAGGACGACCUCAUCUUGAAAGUGUACAUGUGUAACACAGAGAGUGAGUGGUACCAAAUCCACGAAAACAUCAUCAAAAAGCUGAAUGCACGUUAUAAUUUGACUGGCUCCAAUGCAGGUUUAGCAGUUUCUCUACAGCUGUUACACGGAGACAUUGAACAAAUCAGAAGAGAAUACUCAUCAGUAUUUUCUCAUGGAGUAUCCAUAACAAGGAAGUUGGGAUUUUCUAAUAUUAUCAUGCCUGGUGAAAUGAGGAAUGAUUUAUAUAUCACCAUAGAAAGGGGAGAAUUUGAAAAAGGAGGAAAGAGCGUGGCCAGAAAUGUGGAAGUUACAAUGUUUAUUGUAGACAGUAGUGGCCUGCCCUUGAAGGAUUUUAUCUCCUUCGGCUCUGGAGAGCCACCAGCUAGUGAGUACCACUCCUUUGUGCUUUACCACAACAACAGUCCCCGGUGGUCUGAACUGCUGAAACUUCCUAUUCCCGUGGAUAAAUUCCGGGGCGCACACAUCCGCUUCGAGUUUCGGCAUUGUUCCACAAAGGAGAAAGGAGAGAAGAAGUUGUUUGGUUUCUCUUUUGUGCCCCUGAUGCAGGAAGAUGGCAGGACUCUUCCGGAUGGCACUCAUGAGCUUAUCAUACAUAAGUGUGAAGAAAACACAAACCUUCAGGAUACUACCCGCUACCUCAAACUUCCCUUUUCCAAGGGCAUUUUCCUUGGGAAUAAUAAUCAAGCCAUGAAGGCCACAAAGGAGUCUUUUUGGAUAACAUCUUUUCUCUGUUCCACAAAACUCACACAAAAUGGUGAUAUGCUUGAUCUUUUGAAAUGGAGAACCCACCCAGACAAGAUCACUGGCUGUCUCUCUAAAUUAAAAGAAAUCGAUGGCUCAGAGAUAGUAAAGUUUCUGCAGGAUACCCUGGAUACCUUAUUUGGAAUUUUAGAUGAAAAUUCACAAAAAUAUGGGUCUAAAGUGUUUGAUUCUUUGGUUCACAUAAUAAAUUUGCUGCAAGAUAGCAAAUUUCAUCAUUUUAAACCCGUAAUGGACACUUACAUUGAGAGUCAUUUUGCUGGGGCACUUGCAUACAGAGAUCUCAUCAAAGUGCUCAAGUGGUAUGUGGACAGGAUCACAGAAGCAGAGCGGCAAGAGCAUAUCCAGGAGGUGCUGAAGGCACAAGAAUACAUUUUUAAGUAUAUAGUUCAGUCUCGAAGGCUGUUUUCCCUUGCCACGGGUGGGCAAAACGAAGAGGAAUUCCGCUGCUGCAUUCAGGAGCUCCUUAUGUCGGUCCGUUUCUUCCUUUCACAAGAGAGCAAAGGAUCUAGAGCUCUAUCUCAGUCACAGGCUGUGUUUCUGAGUUCUUUCCCAGCCGUGUACUCAGAACUGUUGAAGCUCUUUGAUGUCCGGGAAGUGGCCAACUUGGUACAGGACACUCUGGGUAGUCUGCCGACCAUCAUGCACGUGGACGACUCCCUGCAGGCCAUUAAACUGCAGUGCAUCGGCAAAACUGUGGAAAGCCAGCUUUAUACCAACCCAGAUUCCCGGUACAUCCUCCUGCCUGUCGUGUUACAUCACCUCCACAUCCACUUGCAGGAGCAGAAGGACCUGAUCAUGUGUGCACGUAUCCUUAGCAACGUAUUUUGUCUCAUCAAGAAAAACAGCUCAGAAAAAUCUGUAUUGGAGGAAAUAGAUGUGAUAGUGGCCAGCCUGCUGGACAUCCUCCUGAGAACCAUAUUGGAGAUCACCAGCCGCCCUCAGCCGUCCAGCUCAGCAAUGCGGCUCCAGUUCCAGGAUGUCACUGGGGAGUUUGUUGCUUGUCUCCUGUCCCUAUUACGACAAAUGACAGAUAGACAUUAUCAACAGCUGCUUGAUAGUUUCAAUACGAAGGAAGAUCUAAGGGAUUUCCUGCUGCAGAUAUUUACUGUGUUCCGAAUAUUGAUACGCCCAGAGAUGUUUCCAAAGGACUGGACUGUUAUGCGCUUGGUUGCUAACAAUGUUAUUAUUACAACGGUUCUGUACCUCUCAGAUGCACUUCGUAAGAACUUCUUAAAUGAGAACUUUGAUUAUAAGAUCUGGGAUUCCUACUUCUACCUUGCAGUCAUUUUUAUAAACCAGUUGUGUCUGCAGUUGGAGAUGUUCACACCUUCCAAAAAGAAAAAGGUGUUAGAAAAGUAUGGUGACAUGCGGGUAACAAUGGGUUGUGAAAUUUUCAGCAUGUGGCAAAACCUAGGAGAGCACAAGCUUCAUUUCAUCCCUGCCCUGAUUGGCCCCUUCCUAGAAGUGACCUUGAUACCCCAGCCGGAUCUUCGGAAUGUCAUGAUUCCUAUUUUUCAUGAUAUGAUGGACUGGGAGCAGAGGCGGAGUGGCAACUUUAAACAGGUGGAAGCCAAGCUAAUUGACAAACUGGACAGCCUGAUGUCAGAAGGCAAAGGUGACGAAACAUACCGUGAGCUCUUCAACAGUAUUCUACUAAAGAAAAUUGAGCGGGAAACAUGGAGGGAGAGUGGCGUUUCACUAAUUGCUACUGUAACUCGUCUAAUGGAGAGGUUGUUAGAUUACAGGGACUGCAUGAAAAUGGGAGAGGUAGAUGGCAAAAAGAUUGGCUGCACAGUUAGCCUUCUGAAUUUCUAUAAGACUGAACUGAACAAAGAAGAGAUGUAUAUACGCUACAUCCACAAACUCUAUGAUCUACAUCUCAAAGCACAGAACUUUACAGAGGCUGCGUACACCCUGCUCCUGUAUGACGAGCUGCUGGAGUGGUCUGACCGGCCCCUCAGGGAGUUCCUGACCUACCCCAUGCAAACAGAAUGGCAGCGCAAGGAGCACCUGCACCUCACCAUCAUCCAGAACUUUGACAGAGGCAAAUGCUGGGAAAAUGGCAUUAUCUUGUGCCGGAAGAUUGCAGAGCAGUAUGAGAGUUAUUAUGACUACAGAAACCUGAGCAAGAUGAGGAUGAUGGAAGCCUCUUUGUAUGACAAAAUUAUGGACCAGCAGCGUCUUGAACCAGAGUUCUUCAGAGUUGGAUUUUAUGGGAAAAAAUUUCCAUUUUUCUUAAGAAAUAAGGAGUUUGUAUGCAGAGGGCAUGACUAUGAGAGGCUGGAAGCCUUCCAACAGAGGAUGCUGAACGAGUUCCCCCACGCCAUCGCCAUGCAGCACGCCAACCAGCCCGACGAGACCAUCUUCCAGGCGGAAGCUCAGUAUUUGCAGAUAUAUGCUGUGACUCCCAUUCCGGAGAGCCAGGAGGUCCUGCAGAGAGAGGGUGUUCCAGACAACAUCAAAAGUUUCUAUAAAGUGAAUCAUAUCUGGAAAUUCCGCUACGACAGACCAUUUCACAAAGGCACUAAAGAUAAAGAGAAUGAAUUCAAGGUAGAAAUGAGUCCUCUGGAAAAUGCAAUUGAAGUGUUAGAAAAUAAGAAUCAGCAACUGAAGACCCUCAUCAGUCAGUGUCAGACAAGACAAAUGCAGAAUAUUAAUCCCUUGACCAUGUGCCUGAAUGGAGUCAUAGAUGCCGCAGUUAAUGGUGGAGUUUCCAGGUACCAAGAGGCAUUCUUUGUCAAAGAAUAUAUCUUAAGUCACCCUGAAGAUGGGGAGAAAAUUGCACGAUUAAGAGAGCUGAUGCUUGAGCAGGCACAGAUUCUGGAAUUUGGCUUGGCCGUGCACGAGAAGUUCGUACCUCAGGAUAUGAGACCCCUUCACAAAAAGCUGGUCGACCAGUUCUUUGUAAUGAAGUCGAGCUUAGGGAUUCAGGAGUUCUCUGCGUGUAUACAAGCCAGUCCCGUCCAUUUUCCUAAUGGCAGCCCUCGUGUAUGUAGAAACUCAGCACCUGCUUCUAUGAGCCCAGAUGGUACCAGGGUAAUUCCUAGACGCAGCCCAUUAAGUUACCCAGCUGUCAACCGAUACUCUUCCUCUUCACUGUCCUCACAAGCUUCUGCUGAAGUAAGCAAUAUUACAGGGCAAUCAGAAAGCUCUGAUGAAGUCUUUAACAUGCAGCCAAGCCCAUCUACCUCAAGCUUGAGUUCUACUCACUCUGCUUCACCUAAUGUGACAAGUUCUGCUCCAUCGAGUGCCAGAGCUUCUCCUUUGUUGUCUGACAAACACAAACAUUCCAGAGAAAACUCCUGCCUGUCCCCAAGAGAGAGACCAUGCAGUGCCAUCUACCCAACACCGGUGGAGCCUUCCCAGAGGAUGCUGUUUAAUCAUAUUGGAGAUGGGGCCUUGCCACGCAGUGACCCAAAUCUUUCUGCACCUGAGAAAGCUGUGAAUCCCACUCCUAGCAGCUGGAGCCUGGACAGUGGGAAGGAAGCCAAGAACAUGUCGGAUAGUGGGAAACUUAUCUCUCCCCCUGUCCCUCCAAGACCCACACAGACUGCUUCACCAGCAAGACACACGACAUCAGUAUCCCCCUCACCUGCUGGGCGAUCUCCAAUGAAGGGCUCCGUGCAGUCCUUCACGCCCUCUCCAGUGGAGUACCACUCGCCAGGACUCACCUCCAACUCCCCCGUCUUGUCGGGCAGCUACAGCAGUGGCAUCUCUUCUCUCAGCCGGUGCAGCACGUCGGAAACCUCAGGCUUUGAAAACCAGGUGAAUGAACAGUCGGCGCCCGGGCCGGGGCCGGAGGAGCCGGUGCGCAAGGAGAGCAAGACGCCACCGCCCUACAGCGUGUACGAGCGGACUCUGCGGCGCCCGGUCCCGCUACCUCACAGCCUCUCCAUUCCCGUGGCCGCCGAGCCGCCCGCCUUGCCCCCCAAGCCUCUGGCGGCGCGAUCGGGCCACCUGGAGAACGGCACCCGGAGGACUGACCCCGGCCCGCGGCCCAGGCCCCUGCCCAGGAAGGUCUCCCAGUUAUAAGUCACUUUUCUAUGUACCUGUGACGAAUUCGUUGCCCGUUUACAAAUAUGAUGAGAAGACAUUUAGUGUAGGCACUUUAAUAACUUACUCAGAUCUUUCUUUCGGUGAAUGGAAUUAAAACUUGCUUAUUAAUAUAAUGUUGCACAAUAUUAAAAAGUUACUGAUCUA